AUGUCACAGGCAGUUUUGAUGAAAGAGUACAAGGCUUUGGCCAAAGAGAAAUGGGUUCAGAUCGACAUUGACGAGGAGAACAUCUACCGCUGGAACUUGGCACUGAUGGUCCUCAAUCCCGAUUCUCUCUAUUACGGCGGCUACUUCAAGGCUCAGAUGAACUUCCCCAAGGACUAUCCAUACAAGCCUCCCGAUUUCCGGUUUAACAAGCCACUAUGGCAUCCCAACAUUUACGCGGACGGUCGCUUGUGUAUCUCGAUCCUUCAUGCGCCUGGCGAGGAUAUUAUGUCUGGGGAGAGUGCUGGCGAGCGUUGGUCCCCUGCCCAGCGUGUCGAAUCCGUCCUGAUCUCCAUUCUUUCUCUUCUUGACGACGCCGAGAUCUCCUCUCCUGCCAAUGUCGAUGCAAGCGUGAUGCUGAGAGAUGACAUGGAGGCAUUCAAGGCCCGAGUCAGACAAGAUGUUGAAGCCUCGAAGAAAGACAUCCCAGAAGGAUUUGUUCUGCCCACGCAUGAGUCUACGAAGCCAGUUAUCGACAAAAUCGACGACGACUUCUGGAAUGACAGCGAAGGGGAGGACAUUGACUUUGACGAUUUCGAAGAUGAUGCAGUCAACGGAAGCGAAUCAGAUGAGGCGUUGAACAACGAUUCGGAGGAUGAUGAGUAUUAUGACGACGACGACGACGACGAUGACACCGAACAUGUCAAGGGCAAGGCCAAGGCCAGGGAAGACCGACUCGAUUCGGAGAUGACGGAGCCGGAUUCAUGA